CAUGAUUCUGAUAGUUGGGGAAAGAAGAGGGAGGAGAAUGGAGGGAGUUCGAGGCCGAGGAUCGUGCUUCAGCGAAGGACAUUGCCGGUCGUUAAUGGGGUUAAUGGGGAGGAGAAGAAGGAGGUGGAGGCAAAGAGUAAAGGGUCGAAUCCUUUUGGAGCGGCGAGGCCGAGGGAAGAGGUUUUAAAGAAGAAGGGGAAGGAUUGGAAGGAGAUUGAUGAGAAGCUUGAGGCUGUGAAGAUUAGGGAACCGAAGCGUAAUGCUUGGAGGAAGGAGGUUGGGGUGGGUAAUGGGUUGAAGGAGGAGAGGACCGAGAGGACUUGGAGGAAGCCGGAAGGCGGAAGCGAGUGAUGCUACUUCACCACCACCAAGGUUUGAGUUUUGAUUCUUUCAUUUAUAAUUCUUUGGGCUCUAUUUUGCGAAAUGAUAGGAUGCUGCUUUUGCUUUGUAGUUUUAGUUGGAUUGGCGAUUGAGUUACAAGAAGAGAACAUGAAUUCUUUGACUUAUUGUUUGCUUGCUCAUAUGUUAUAAGAUCAUGUGAAAUUAUGAUUUUUGGGUGAUGUUCCUGAUAUUUCAAAUAUGGGGAGUGUUUUUUCUUC